GCGGGUGAAGCGCGCACAACGUUCCUGCGUCCGAGCUGGAUCAGCGCGAGAGGGAAGAGCGGUGCGUGCGCACUGGCGAACAGGGGAGAAAGUCGAUUGGCACUUUGUUUCGCACCAUAUGAGCUCCAGAAACCGAGGCAAAUAACUUUUUUGGGGUUAAUUUCACGGACUUAACGGAUGCCCCUGGACAGUGGAAACCACAGUUAGCCUCUCUUGCUCCUUCAAGUACUUUCUUUGGGAUGGGCUAUUUUCAUAACGUCAUUUCAUUCCUCCCUCUUUUUCAUUUUCUCUUUCUUUGAUUCUUUCUCCUACCAUUUCCUAAAUGGAACAGAUUGCAGCACCCCACGCGUUUUCCUGCAUGCAAAGUUUGGUUUCAAGCGUGUACACCGUUUGCGCGUUCGCUUUUGUCGGGCGACCCUUGAUUUAACGGAGUUGAACUGAAAGUCAGAAGUGGCGGCGGUGGAAGUGUUAAUCAUGAUGAGGCUUACCAUGAUUAACUGUGAAAAAUGAUCCACUAACUUGUCGGUGUUUUGCCACAUUUCAAGUCACGCGCUCCCCUUUCAACAUGAUGUAUUCUCCUCUCUGUCUAACUCAGGAUGAAUUCCAUCCGUUCAUCGAGGCGCUGCUGCCGCACGUGCGUGCCUUCGCCUACACCUGGUUCAACCUGCAGGCCCGCAAGCGCAAGUAUUUCAAAAAGCACGAGAAGCGAAUGACCAAGGAUGAGGAACGCGCGGUCAAGGAUGAGCUUUUGGGCGAGAAGCCCGAAGUCAAACAGAAGUGGGCGUCGCGUCUUCUUGCAAAGCUUCGUAAAGACAUCCGGCCGGAGUGUCGAGAGGACUUUGUGCUGUCCAUAACAGGGAAGAAGCCUCCAUGUUGCGUCCUCUCGAACCCAGACCAGAAGGGCAAAAUGAGGCGCAUUGACUGUCUGCGGCAGGCGGAUAAAGUUUGGCGUCUGGACCUGGUGAUGGUGAUCCUGUUCAAGGGCAUCCCGCUCGAGAGCACAGACGGGGAGCGACUGGUCAAAGGUGGCCAGUGCUCCAACCCCAUCCUCUGUGUCCAGCCUCAUCACAUCAGCGUGUCCGUCAAAGAGCUAGACCUCUACCUCGCAUACUUCGUGCAGGAGAGAGAGGCUGAACAGAGCAGUAGUCCUCGCACAGGCAUCGGUUCAGAUCAGGAGGACAGUCGAGCAGCCACUAUGGAUGCUCCGGAGUUUCAAGACAGCUUCGUAACUUCGGGUGUCUUCAGUGUAACAGAACUGGUGCAAGUAUCAAGAACACCAGUGGUGACGGGCACAGGGCCGAACUUCUCUCUCGGAGAGCUGCAGGGGCAUCUCGCCUACGAUCUGAACCCUUCAGGAGUGGGAAUGAGAAGAACCCUUCCCAGCACCUCCUCCAGCGGAAGUAAGAGACACAAGUCAGGAUCCAUGGAGGACGAUAUAGACACCAGCCCUGGGGGCGAGUACUACACCUCUCCCAACUCACCCGCCAGCAGCUCACGCAACUGGCCAGAGGAGAUGGAAGGAGGAAUCUCCCCUACAGUUAAGAAGACAGAGAUGGAUAGCCCGUCUCCUCAGGAGAGCUCUCCACGCCUCGGCUUCACACAGCACCACAGACCUGUCAUUGCAGUGCACAGCGGUAUCUCCAGGAGUCCACAUCCUUCCUCUUCUCUGCACUUCCCAGGCGCCCCCAUUCUCCCCCAAACCGCCUCCACUUACUUCCCUCACACGGCUAUCCGGUACCCGCCACACCUCAGCUCUCAAGACCCGCUCAAGGACCUGGUCUCUCUGGCCUGUGACCCGUCCAAUCAACAGCCCAGCCCAGUAAGAUCAUCCCACGAAGCUUCCAGACACAACUCAUAUGACUUUCUGCAUUCAUCACACUUACAGAUGAGGCUGAAUGGCAGUGGUCAGGUGAAGGUAUCCAGUCACUACAUCUCCUCUCAGAUGCUGGCCCCCCCACCACCCCCUGGCCUGCCCCGCCUGACGCUUCCCCCAGAGUCCAAAUCCAGCACCACCUCUGCAGAUGCAGCCUCCAGCUCACCCACAUCCCCCACAUACUCUGCUCCCGGGACGCCACCUGCCAACCGGCCCUUCGUAGGAAUUGGUUCUCGAGACCCUGGCAGUCUGUAUCAGGCACAGUCCUGGUAUCUGGGGAACUGAUCAUCACCACACACGCUCAAAGAGAUGAACCCGAGGAGGCACAGACGUGGAUCUGAAAAAUCAUUUUUGUGGAAUUUACAAGAGGAAAAAAAAAAGUCGUGAACGAGAUGCAAGAGGGAAAAUCUGAUAUAUAUGCAGUAUUUGUAUAUAUACACACGCACACAUAUAUAUAUACACAAUAUGUGUGUAUAGAUAUAUGUGCACACAUAUUUAUAUAUGCAUAAUGACGUACAGUAUAAGAUGCUUCAAUACACUUGUUUUUGAAAAGACUAUGGAAAUGGAGAAGAGCAUGAGAGAGAACGGCCAUAGAAAAGGAGACAGAAGAGGAGGAUGUUUGUUUGUUUUUAUUCUGGGAGGGCAGCCCGAACUAUGGCGUACAUUGACGGACAUGUGGGAAAAAAAGGCCCAUCCUGACUCCUGGAAUGCCUCUCCUCAACCCCCUCCUUCUGCUACAGGUGCUGCUUCCUCCUAUAUGCAAAAUAAGUAUCCUUUAUUUUCUUAACAAACAGGGAAGAGAAACCUCAAGGAAGGGGUUUUUCCGCUAGCAUUUCGCCACAGGUUUGGAGGUGAGCACGGUCUGUUUUGAUUCUUUUCUUUUUCUUUUUUUGUAAGGCAACACGACAUGGAAAAGGAAAAACGAAAAAGUUUGAUGCUUCCGCUCACACGACAUUUCGGAAAACAAAAAAAUGAAAAGGCUACUUUUCAUCCACUUUUAUUGACAAUCAUGUACCCGCGUCCUUGCUUUCGUUCAGAGGCGAAAUUGCAUUCUCCACCGUUUGUAAAGGAGUCCACUUUUUGGUGGACACCAGUCAUGCUUUUUGUACAUCGGAGGAAUUUUAGUGGUACCUCAGUGACAUUAUACAUCACAGUCAACGUUUAUACACACACGCGCACACACACACACACUUACAUGUAAACGCACCUAUUUCGAGGCAAUGGCUUGUACUGUUAAAGGCUACACGAGGUGUGUGUGUGAGCUGUAAUACAGCCUUCAUAGGACGACCCAGGGAAAAGCGGGGGUGAAUUAGCACCUUCUUCUCUUCGCAAUAUGAAAACCCCUCAUUCCCUGGACUCCCCUGUACAGUAAGUGUGUGUGCACGUGUGCGUGCCCGUGUGUUUGUGCGUGUCAUAAACAUUGGUAGUCCCUUAUUCAUCUCUGUGAAUGCACAGAUUUAGAGGGUUUUUGAUUCAUGUAGAUACGUGGAGUUUUCCACAUAGUGACAAAGGGAGUCGAAUUAUAGUUCUGUCAUUACUUAGACAGUAUUGGGUGUAGAGGAUAGUUUUUUUUCUCUCUCUCUCUAUUUGUAAUUUGUUUUAAUCCAUUGGAAAUUACAGGCAUUGCACUACUUUGAAUUUAUGAAUUCUUUUUUCCUCUUUUGCAAAUUCCUGUUUGGCCUAAUCAUAUGAAAUGCUGCAAGUCGAUUAUUUUUGUCAUGUUCUGAUCGCUCGGUAGAUGAGGAGGGUUGCUUUUCUAGUGGCUGAUCAGAACGAUCCGACAUUUUCUAUGUAAAUGUGUCCACGUUUAUGUCAUUACUUUUAUACAAUUCCCAUAGUUCAAGAAGAAAAACAAACAAAAAAAAAAGUUGUUUUUUUUCUCCCACGUUUCUAUUGCGAGAAACUAUGACUGUUUUUAUUUUGAAGCAGAUUAUACACUUUAAUCCGUAGGAAUGUCAAUGAUUUGGUUGUUUGAAUUGAUAUAAUAAGGAAGUCAGUCGGUGAUUAUGCUCUGUCCCAGAGUUGACUGGGAGGCGAAUGCCUUUGACCAGCACGUCUCCGGCUGGUUGCCUCAGAAAUGGGUUAUUCUGCACUCUGAGAUGUGUUGAUUUGUACUAAUGAAAUAACAUCAGGGCUUAAUCUACAACGCUACCGAACCCAAAUCACGAAGCCAUGAAAAGUGCCUGAGACAUUGCAAGAUUUUAAUUUGAAAUUGUUUCUUAUUUUUAAGACUUGGACAUUAUUUGCUUCUUCUACUGUGGUUGGUUGUUGUUGUUUUAUAAGUUCGAGGGGUUGUUUUUAUGCCCAGAGAGAUAUACAGCCUAGCAAUCCCCCAAGCCCCUCUUUCAGCAGCAUGGGCGAACGCAUAGCCACCGAAAAUUGCAAACGGCUGAACAAAACACACACACCACAGCGUUAUAAUCCACCAGAACAUGACAAAAUCAACACAUAUCAGAGCUUUCCUAGGUACCUUCACCAAUACAUACGGCAAUUUCCAAAAUAUAUAUAUAUAUAAUGAUAAUAUCCACACACAACUCUGGUUGCUUCGGCUAAUCUUUUAUAAUGGCUUUGCAUACACAUUCUAUUGAGUUGACCCAGAAUACAUUAGACAUGACUUGUUUUAAUGGUGCUGAUAUGAAAAUUGUAUGGAAAUCUCUAUAUAUGAAUUAUAUAUAUAUAACAGUGCAUGGUGCUUUCAAGAGAAAACUCACAAGAAUUAAGCUCAGACGACCACCGUAUCGCUGACAUGGGCGCAUGGCAGAUAAUCUUAGUAUUAGCUCUGAAGCUAAAUGCUCCUGACUUCUCCUUCAAGACCCCCUCGAGCAAAGAGCCAAUGACACAGAUGAAUUUUACCUUUGUAUUACAUUGGUUUUGACGUUUAUCCCUCUUCUACUUUGCACGAUAUUUUAUAAAACAUAUUAUGUGCCUUGCCUUUAGUUAAGAACGAUAAUGCAUAACUUUAAAGGAUUCAUUUUGUUUCUUCUUUUUUUUUUUUUUUUUUUUUGAUGUAACCGGUGUCGCAAAGGAUUAAAAAUGAUGCAUGUUUGAUUGCCUGUCAUAAUCAGAUUAAGACUAACAGGUUACCUGAUAGCUGUAGUUUUGAAUGGGUGAGAAAGGCUUUUUUUUAAAUCACUGUAGUCAGCAUGAAAUAUUCCCUGCUUUAUUUUACCGCCGUUUUAUGUUCAUGUAUUGAGAAACAGUAUAAAAAAAAUCUGUGAAAGAUGCAGUACCAGCUCUCUCCAUAUCUGACAUUUGAAUUCCCUUUUCAUGUUAAACGUAUUAUUGUUUGAUUGUAUGUUAUCAUGUUUUUGAAUGAGUUUGUACUCAUUAUGGAUGUGAAGAGGAGCGGCCGGAGAUGGAUUCAAAAUUAAAUGGCCGUCCUCUAUAAACUUUAGUUUUGGUCAAGUUUAAAUUCCACAACUGAGCACUUAUAGCCCCCGCAGUGUGAUUUUUGCUUCUUAUCUAAUGCGUUUCUGAAAAUCUGGGCAUUUCUUAGCCAGAUAGUUCACCCAAAAUUAAAUGUUUGCUCUUAUGUUGUUUCAAACUUGCUGAAACAGUCAACCGUCUUACUUUUGGACCCCUUUGACGUUCAGUGUACUGACAAAACGACAAUUAUUAUAAGGUUUCGAAACAACAUGAGGGUGAAUGAAUAACGGCAAACUGUGAACUGUCACUUUAACCCCUGUAAAACACUGGCUGCAGUAGAACAUGUAGUAACGUGUGACAUAAAUGAUUUUUUACAAUUUACGAUUAGGUUGUUUUACUAAUCAAAUCCCUUAUAUAUGUCCGUACAUUAAUUCUAGACAAGUAGCUCAAACAUAUUGUGUCCAGUUCUAUGUACAGACACGAGAACAGCAAAACACACUGAACUGCUGACUCUGUGUCUUCUUAGAGAAUGAAUUAAUCCACCAGAAUGCUUCUUCUUCUUCUUCUUCCUCUUUUUAUAAAAGUAGAUGGUAGGAGAUAAUUUAUAAUUGGUAGCGUGUAGUGUCAGGGGAGUUUAUAUUGCGGAGGAGAAUAUAUAGUGUAUUUCUGGAGCUGGGUCAGGAGAGGCCAUGUUGUAGUUUGUGAUGCAGUGUACAGUAUUGUUUCUGCAAUGGAUAUUGCAACGCUGGUAGCUAACGCCAUUUGCUGGUAGCUAUUUGAGAAAGAACAAGAGAUUUUGUUUACAUGACGCCCGUGGUAAGAUCUCGGAUGAUUUUCGAGCCUAUCGUCCUCAAUCCUGGCCAAAAGUCGGAGUGCUAAAGCAGAACGGCUCUCCUACACCAUGAUUCAAACUUUCGCAGAAGUGCUAGCAUCAUUCAGCAAGCAAUUUCCCUUGUGUUUAAUAGGACAGGCAAUGGGACAGGAGUCUGUUUUGGAGAAUUGCGAUUGUUUUAUGCUAAUUUUGGGGGUUAUUCUUUCUGGAAACAGACUCUCAUGAUCCACUGCCUGUCCUGUGAAGAUUUGCACUGCUCCAUUUUCAUCUUUCUGAAGCUGUCAACCCUCUGGCCAGGAUGAGAUGGUGGGCUCAGUCAAACAGGGGUGGUUUUCGCCAGCACAGCAGCUCUUUGAUGAGCUCUGUGAGCAUGCUGUCGUCUUCUUCGUUUGCUUUUUGUGUGUGUGUGUGUGUGUGUGUGUAUGACAAAAUUGGCUACACAUGGCCGAGAGAUGGAAACACUUCAAGAGUGGGUUGUUACCCCGAUUUGUGCUUUUUAAAGUGGCCACAGGUGAUGAUUGAACUUGCUAUGAUGCGAAUAAUGCAUGUUAUUGGAUAAAACAUUAUCUUACUAUUUGAUUGCGAAAUUCUUGACUAAUAAUUUUUAUAUAGGUGAUUAUCAUUUUUCUGCGUGUCGUUGAAUUGUGUAUAAAUGCUUAACCAUAUAUUCAGUAGAAUGAGGAUAAAGGCGAAAAUGUACAUAAAAAUAACUUUUUGUAUGAGAAUUUCUUUCUUUUUUUUGUAUGUUUGAAUUUAGCAGUCAUAAGCUUGUGGUCAAGCCACAAAAAAAAUUUGAAAGCUCCUUCUAAAGGAUCUGCUGUUGAGAAUUUAACAUCAGCACCAUUCGCAUACACUUUUCACAGUGAUAUUUUGAUCAUGAAAAACGGUAAAUUCAGCAUCACUUGUCGUCAUUUUAAACGGAGCCAACAGCUUCAUCAAGCUUUGAGAUGUUUAUGCAGAUUCCAUUGCCAUUUAUUGUUGUUAUUUCCAAGACUUAUUUUAAAACCUCUGCACUUAUUUUUUUCCCCUUUUUUUGUCAUGCUAGUUUCAAGAGCUUUGAACACUUUUUUCUCUACUUCUACUUGGAAGAUUGCACUAGAUAAUCUGGCAUUGAAUCUUUGUCUAAUAAUAAUUAAUAGUUGUUUCUAAGGUUUGCUUCUCUGGGAAUAUUUCUCAGCCUUGUUGUUGUAUCAUGAUGAAUAAUGAUGAGAAUGGAAGAAAGAUGAGAUGAAGCUGCUUAAAUGCACCCUUUUUUUUUAAUCUGUUGUCAUUUGUGAUGAAUUGCUCCUUUAUGAUGUUGAAAUCACGCCAGGUUCCUGUGCACUGCAAACCUUAGAAGUUUGAACUGGAUUGUUGAGAAAAAUUU